AGGACCUCGCUCUGUUGCCGAGAUGAGCAAGAGCUCCCAGAGCCACGAGCAGCUCUCCGAGCUGGAGAAGGCCAUGGACGUCAUCAUCGACGUCUUCCACCAGUACUCCAGGAGGGAGGGGGACAGGGACACCCUCACCAAGAAGGAGAUGAAGCUGCUCAUUGACAAGCAGCUUGCCAACUACCUGAAGCACGUGAAGAACAAGGCCACCAUCGACGAGAUCUUCAAGGACCUGGACGUCAACAAGGACGCCCAGAUCAGCUUCUGCGAGACGAUGCUGCUGAUCGUCCGCGUCACCAUCGCCACCCACGAGCACCUGCACGAGGUGGAGGACCAGCAGCACCAGCACCAGCACCACCACCACCACUGAAGCUCUGCUUGGGCUCACAACCCCCUCCCUCGCUGCUUUUCCUCCCCUUCCAUGGAAAAUUUCCCGGCUCCGAGGUCAAACCCGACCUCGGAUCCUCAACCCCUCUCUGCCCAUCUCCCCCCCCUCAGUGCCACCUGCUGCAAAAUGUGAUGGUUUUGAUGAUGAAUAAAG